GCUCUCGUUGCCGAAGUCGCCAUUUUGAUUUCGAAAAAUAUGACUGAGUUUUUCCUGUCUCGCAAGCUAAAGUUAGCCUCGCGUUUGAAUUACUUUGUGCGUGAGAACGAGCCGUACCUGUUAUAUCUGGAACAACAAGAAUUGCUUUGAGUGUCGAGUAGCUACUCAUACCGAGUAACUGGUUAUUUUAUCGACCCCAGAGGAACAUUAGGCUGUGUAAGCUAAGUUGUGCUAACAGUGCUGUCGCAGACUGAGCCCGACUGACUGAGCUUUUCUUCAAAACAAAUCACUAUUCACACACAGGCUAAUGCAUGGUAUCUAACAGUCGCCGCUAAUCGUUAGCUGGUUUAGCAGUGACUUGGUAGCUGGGUGUUUGACGCAUAACUCCCCCAACAGUUCAACACAGGCGGAAAGGAAAACAUUUUUUUUGUCACAGUGCACCGGUGCUGGAUGGUUGAUCAUUUGCCAGUGCAUGUCAGCAUCCGAGUAGGCAGAAGAACAUGAUGACCACUCUGUUGCCCCAGUGCUGAGCUUUCACGGAUCUUGGGUAUGGUGAGCCUCUCAGUGUCUCAUCUCCUAAAGAGGCCUGCGUUUUAAGAGGAGACCCAUGCUGAUAAAUGCCAGGCCUCACCACACUCUCUGUUGUCUGCACAAACACAAAUGCCUGCCUGCCCGUGGGGGAGGUCUGAUUAAAGAUAUCCACAUUUUAUCCACUGGGCCGUGUCCACUGUCCCAGCGGCAACCAUGUUUUGGAAGUUUGACCUGCACACCACCUCCCACAUCGACCAGCUUCUGGACAGGGAGGACGUGACACUCAGAGAACUGAUGGAAGAGGACGACGUCCUGCAGGAGUGCAAGGCCCAGAACCGUCGGUUGCUCCUCUUCCUCUCCCAGGACUACUGCAUGCAGGAACUGGUCAGCCUCAUCACCACAGAGCCACCUGCUGACCUGGAGGAGAGGAGCCGCUUCAAAUUCCCAAAUAUCGCGUGUGAGCUCCUGACCUCAGAUGUGUCCAUUAUAAAUGAUAAGCUGGGUGGGGACGAGUCUCUUCUCGAGGUGCUCUACCACUUCUUGGAACAGGACCCGCCCUUGAAUCCUUUGCUGGCCAGCUUCUUCAGCAAAACCAUCGGCAAUCUGAUAGCCAGGAAAACAGAGCAGGUGAUUACCUUUCUGAGGAGAAAGGAAGGGUUCAUCGGUCUGGUGCUGAAACAUAUUGAUGCCUCUGCCAUGAUGGACCUGCUGCUUCGCCUCAUCAGUUGUGUGGAGCCCGCCCCCUUGAGGCAGGAGGUUCUUCAUUGGCUGAACGAGGAAAAUCUGGUACAAAGACUCAUAGAGCUUAUCCAUACUGGUAAAGAUGAGGAGAGACAAUCAAAUGCAUCCCAAACGCUUUGUGACAUCAUCCGCCUCAGUCGAGACCAGGCCACUCAGAUGCAGGAGAACAUGGAGGCUGACCCACUAUUGGCUGUACUAGAGUCGCAGGAGACGGUAGCUGGGCUCCUCAAGAGCUUAUUUGAGGGGGAGAGAAGUGAGGCCUCCAUCGUUAAUGGAACUCAAGUGCUACUUACCUUACUGGAGACCAGGAGGUCUGGGCUGGAGGGGCUGAUGGAUCUGUAUUCUCAGGGUUAUGAAAGGUCUUACACUGUCAACAGCAGUAUUUUAAAUGCCAUUGAGCCCCAUUUAAAGGACUUCCAGCAGCUUCUUCUAGAUCCCCCCAAGAAAAGUGCAAUAUUGACGACCGUUGGCCUUUUAGAGCAGCCUUUGGGGAACGCCCGUCUUCAUGUGGCCCGACUGGUGGCCGCCCUUCUGCAGACCAAUGACCCCAGCAUCUGUCAGGAGCUCUGCAAUCUAGCCACCAUGGAUCUACUACUGGACUUGUUCUUCAAAUACUCCUGGAAUAAUUUUUUGCACUUCCAAGUGGAGCUGUGUGUGGCAGCUAUCCUGAACCACCCUUCCUCAGAGGAGCGACUCAACCCAGGCCUCCAGAACCUCAAUGGGAAUUCUGCAGCGUCCAAUCCCGAGGUGCAAGGGGAGGAUGUGGAGACAGGCAGGACCAGUGACCCACAGACCUCCGUCCACAACGCCUUCGUGGCCCAUCUCUUCCAAAACUGUCGACUGGUUCAGAGGAUCCUGGACGCCUGGGAGGAGAACGAUAGAAUACAGGCAGAGGGAGGGACCAGGAGAGGCAACAUGGGUCACCUGACCAGGAUUGCAAACAUGGUGGUCCAGAACCUGGAGAAGGGACCAGUGCAGGCCCAGAUCGCUGACCUCAUAAAAGAGCUGCCGGAGGACUGCAGGGGUCGCUGGGGGAGCUUCGUUGACGAGACCCUGAGAGAAACCAACCGGAGAAACACAGUGGAGCUGGUGAGCACCCACAACAUGCACUCGUCCAGUGAGGACGACGACAUGGAGAGCCCCUUCCCCAACGACCUGUCCCUGCAGCAGGCGUUCUCUGACUAUCAGAUACAGCAGAUGACGGCCAACUUCGUGGAUCAGUUUGGCUUCAACGACGAGGAGUUCAGUGAGCACGAUGAAAACAUCAAUGCCACGUUUGACAGAAUCGCUGAAAUCAACUUCAACCUGGACGCUGAUGACAACAGUGCCAACGCAGCAGCCUUCGAGGCCUGCUGUAAGGAGAGGAUACGCCAGUUCGACGACAACGAGGAGGAGGAGGACAUCUGGGAGGAGAAGGAGAUCAACUAUGCAACACAAGCUAAAUCCAGGACAAGGUUUGGAGUUUCCCAAACUUCAGAGGGAAGUUCCAGGAGCAGCCUGGAGAACGGAGGCCGGGAGCAGGACUGUGGCUCAGAAUCUGAUGAGGAAGCAGAGUCGGAGUCCAACACCUCAGAUACAGCUCCUAGUUGGACAUCCAGUUUCCGGGACUCUGGAGGAAACACAGGUUCUCAGACCUCAGCAGGGUGGGAGAGCUCGGCCGGGGGUCCGGCUGACCCACAGGCCACAGGCUGGGCCAACUUCACCGAGUUCCAGCCUUUCUCCGGCAGAGAGACUGGUCCACGGUGCAGUUCUCCUGUGGACCCCGGCCGCAGGGAGUCGGACAAACAGACCACACAGAACCACGACAAGAGCGGCGAUGGUCCAGGCGCUGCUUCCACUCCAGACGCUUGGGCCGCAGGAGAAGGGAGAAAAGCUCCCCUGGUGGCCUCAGACGGCAGCUCCUCAGGAGGAUCCGACAGCGAGGAGGAGGAGAAGAACGCCGCUGCUCCUCCAGCGGAAACCGUCGCCUCAGAAAAACCUGGCAACCCGACCAACGAAAAGGUCGACCCCAAAAGUGAGGAGACUGCAGUGUCUCUGGAGAAACUCUCUCUGUCAGAUCCUCCAAAAGCCUCAGAGCAGCAGCCUGGAGGCGACGCCGCUGUAAACACACAGAGCGACAGGAAAGAGGAAUCACCACCACCACAGGAGGUGUCGGUCAACGGCCCGGUGUGAGCGCCACCUGUCGCCGAGCUCCGGCAGUGACGACGCUGCGGACCGUCAGCCUCCCCCAGAGUGACUCCCACAAAAUAACCUCACUGCAGCUACGGUGUUUUUACUGAAUCACUCUGCCAUGUUAUUGGACCGGACACUGCCAAUCAACACCAAUAAUGAGGCGGCGGGAAGUGUAAAAAGGAAAAAAAAAAUUAUAUGUCAUGUAAUAAAACAAAACAAAAAACAAAAAAAAAGAAGAUAAUAAGCAAACCAACGGACAGAGCGGCGGUCGGGGGGGCGGGGAGAGGAGUCAUCUUUAAAGCCUUUUUUUCUGAUGUUGCACAGAAUCCAGUGCGGUCCUGAUGUAGCAGCACUCUCUGAACCACAGUCCGAGGGUCUCACUUCAUCCUUACUCCCAUGUCCCUCAUGUUCAGCCCUGUUGACGGGGGGGGUCUGACCCGGUGGUCUGACCCGGUGGUCCCCUGAACAGAGAGCACAGUCUGAUACGAUGCCUCAACAGUGAUGUUUGUUUUUUACUCUUUUUUUUUUCUCCUACAAGCUGAAGAGAAAGCACUUAUGCAGCCAUUUUUACUGUAUAAAGAGCACAAUGAGAGUGUGGACCCCCGCACACAACCCACCCCCCAAACUCCCCCCUCCCCUUUGGUUGUCGUUGCUGAUGUCAUGUUGAAUUACCAGGUCUCUGAAUGUUUUUAAAGUCAGAGGAGGAGGAGGUCCAGGAUCAGAGUUCUAAUAGUAUUACUGUCUUUCGCAUCAUGUGCAAUAAUAUCAAUUAGCCAUUUAAUUAAAAAAAAAAAAAA